UACAACAUCCAUCGUCUUCCUGGUCUCGUUUUAGGUUUUAAAACAUGAGUUUACCUAUGAAGAUUAGGUUAUGUAAUCUGGACGAAUCUGUGAGUCCACGUUUUAUCCAGAAAACGUUCACGUUUGAGAACCACGAUGGCACACAUGCAUUGAUGGUGUCUGUCCCAGAGGUUCUUGGCUCGCAGUAUGGGAUGCACGUCUGGCCCUGUGCAGUGGUUCUGGCCCAGUAUGUAUGGACCACGAGAGAGAAAAUACAGAGAAAAAACGUACUCGAGCUAGGUGCUGGGGUGAGCUUGCCAGGCAUUGUGGCUGCGAAAUGUGGAGCUCAUGUGACUCUUUCAGACAGUGCUGAAAUUCCUCUGUGCCUAGAAAACAGCAGGCGCUGCUGUGAGCUUAAUGAUCUGCAUGGAGUGCCUGUGGUUGGUCUCACCUGGGGAGAGAUAUCACCAGAGCUGAGGUCUCUACCACCUGUAGACAUUAUACUGGGUUCAGACGUUUUCUAUGAACCUGAAGAUUUUGAAGAUGUACUUGUAACAGUCUCCUUUCUUCUAAGGCGAAACCCUUCUGGCCAGUUCUGGACCACAUUUCAGGAAAGAAGCUCAGACUGGACUAUAGAAACUUUGCUGAACAAAUGGAACCUGCGGUGCACUGAUGUCCCAUUGGAUAUAUUUCAUGCAAACAAAAAACAUCUAGCUGGAUCGACUCUGCCUGGAAAUCAUUCAAUACAAAUGAUGAUUGUAACAGCAAGGACUAAGACAUAAUUAUGUUUUUUGUAUGUAACCAUAAUACUGCUUGAAAUAAUAAACAGUUCUACAGUUAGAAACAAUA